UAGUACAGUAGUACGGACUCGGACACGGUUAUAGUUGUCAUUCGCAUUCGGUCGUUUGAAGGAACAACAUUGUGACGCGCGUAAAUAAGAUCGUUGCUGUGAUAUAUAGAUAGUGAUUGAAAUAUAAUCGAAGUGUUAUGUGAAUAUGACAAGUGUUUUGAAAAAGUCAAGAGGCACUAAAGGUAAAUCUGAAUCGAUGCAAGAGGACUUGCCGUCUAGAUGGAUCGCCAGAGGAUUGAAGGAAGAUGCCGGGAAACUCAUAAAAUACAUCGAUGAUAAUGUUAUCGGAAAAGAAAAUUCGUUCUGUGGACCCUUCGGAAGGAGAAAAGUAGUGUACUGCGACUACAGCGGCUCGGGUCGAUCACUGCAGUGGCUCGAGGAUUAUGUCACGCGGGACGUCCUGCCACGUCACGCCACACGCUGCUCAGCUCUUUCCGUGACAUCGGGGCAGACUGAGGUCUAUAGGUCAGAAUCGAAGGAGAUUUUACGAACAGCUGUAGGGGCUGGUGAUGAAGAUGUAGUUGUGAUUGGAGCAUCUCUGACGCAGUUCCUACGGGCUCUGAGGCCGGAGAAUGUAGUCGUGUUUGUCUCUUCACGUGAAACGGAGAGACAGCUCACACCAUGGAAGGAGUUUGGGGCUGAGAUAAUCAAGAUACCGGAAACUAAAGAAGGUUUUAUUGAUCUGAACAACUUAGAGAUGAGGUUACAGGAGAACACGGAGGACGGAAAACGUAUGAUAGGAUUCUUUCCAGCCGCUUCCAAACUCACUGGAGUUUUAGCUGAUGAUGUCGCAACGACGCUGUUGCUUCACCAGUACGGAGCUUGGUCUUUUUGGGACUACACCCUCGUAGCACCGACUUGUGCUGUCGAUAUGAACCCGACCUUCCUGGGGGUGGAAGACGGUAUGGUGAAUAAGGAUGCUCUGUUUUACAACUGCGAGAAAUUCGUCGGGGGCAUCCAAGGUCCGUACAUCACUGUGGUGAAGAAGCACCUGUUCACAAACACCGCGAUAUAUCAUGAUGAUGUAGAGGUACUGUCUGAGAGGAUAUCAGAGUACAAGUGCACGGAGGCAGUUCGAGCAGCUAUCGUGAUGCAGAUACGAGACGGAAUCGGUCUCCAGAACAUAGCUGACAGACAGGAUCAUAUUACUAAACAAGUCCUCUCGCAUAUCAAGAACAUACCUGAGUUGAUUUUAUUGGGAAGCGAGUCCCGUACGAGACGGUUGCCAAUCUUUUCUUUAAUGGUAAAACAUCCGAGGGGUAUCUUCCUGCAUCAUAACUUCAUCUGUGCUGUUCUCAACGACGUGUUCGGCAUCCAGGCCCGAGGGGGACUUAGCGGAGAUUUGAAUUACGGAUCAGAUAUCCUAGGGAUAGAUGAUCAUCUGUUGAAGGAAUACGAAAAGUUAUUGGAUGUUGAAGCUCAAAAAGAAAUAUCUCGAGUUCGUAAACUAAGUGUGGUUAAAUCCCCGGAAGUUCCAAUCCACAAUGAACCAUUACGUCCCGGAUUUUGUCGGUUAUCACUACCUUUCUUUAUGUCUGAGAAUGAACUGGCGUUCGUUUUAGAAGCUCUGAAAAUGGUUGCCACGGAAGGAUGGAAGAUUUUGCCACAGUAUGUAGUGAACUCGGAAACCGGUCAAUGGAGACAUCAUUCGUGCUCAGUACUUAGAGAUAAGAAGUCAUUGUAUUCAAUAAGGUUCAACGAUGGAAAAAUUACAGCGAACGAGAGACGAGUAUCAGGUCCAGGAAUAUUCCCGCAGACUUUCGCGGAAUGUUUGCAAACCGCUCGUAAUCUUUUCAAUCGAGCUAGGAAACUGGCCAUGAAAUGUGCAACGGUUGAGCCCGAAGUCAGUUUUAACCCGAAAAUCGAUUACUUAAGAUGGUUCAUGUUGCCGAAGGAGGCCCACGACCUGUUGUUGGGCAAGUCCGCGAAUGUGAAACACAUUGUGCCAUUCGAUCCCGUGGGAUACACGGGGACGAGGAAGAGCCUGAACAAUUCGAGGUCAUCUCACACCUCCUCCCCCGUCCUGGGGACUACCUCCAGACACUUCAGCUUAUCGGCCAUCGACGACUGCCAUUUACUGAAUCUGAAACAAAGACAGAAGUUCUUUUCCAGAGAAUCCAGCUUGAAAGAAACCACGAAAGAGAAAGCUGAAACGAUGUCAUCAAACCCCGUGCAAUUCGCUGUUGGAGAAUCCGUUUCCCCUCUACGUAUAGUCCCACAGAAUGCGCAGACGAUGCUCGGCAGGUCCAGAUGCUACUCCUUAGGAUCCGACCUGCCGCCGGUACAGUUGAGUGCACGAGCGAGACUGAACCUUGGACUCAAAGAAACUCCUGGAAACGGUGAAAAAACUAUCGGCUUCUGUAACUGCGGAAGUCAAACCGAUCUGCCCUCGUUGGACGAUAUGUCGCCCACUAAGAAGUAUCCAUACAGCACACAGAGCAGUUCUUCGAUAUCUGAUUGCAGUCAAGUGGGUCGUACCUCGCCGACUACAUCAGUGACCUCGCACACGUCUGAGGAUCUCGAAGCUAUAGUUAAAGUAACGACCAACGAAAUCGCAACACAAAUAAGAUCCCAGUUAAGAGGGGUCAUCUCUAAGGUGGACGAUAUACUAGAGAAUUCCGACUCUCUCGAGCAGUCCAAUAUGAGUAUGACGUCCAUAUCUAGUCAGAGUGAUAAGAAUUCCGUAUCAGUCGUGGACGUCGCCGAACUGUUGAUCGGCAUGUCGAGGGAAAUAGCUUCGGAGGUGAAACAUGAGUUCAGAGAAAUGGUUAAUACCGUUGACGAGAUGAUUUCUCCAGAACUUUCCGGAUCCAGAAGAAGUUCACCGCCGCAGACCGGAAGGAGGAGGAUAGGAUCCGGUCCGGAACUAGGGUUGGACUUGAACGUCAGUCAAACCCAGGUGUUGAAGAAAUGUCCGACCAGUCCAGUACUUCCCAUCCAGUAUGAUGAUGAUCAUUGCUGCAAACGCUCACCCGGCGCCCAGUCGCCCCUGUCAGCCCAGAACACUCCGAGUCAUGAGGCAUCAGCACCGAACAGCAUUUCGUUCAACUCCAGCGAGACUUCUACACCGGACACGAUCGUACAAGUAAUGACGUCACAGAACUCUCCCAUACUCUCCAAAUCAUCGAGCGCCAACAAACUAUCAGACGAUGAAACUUGUACGGACCCGAGAUGCAGGCAUUACUGUAUCAAGAAGAACUGGUGCCAAAACCCGUCCGUCAGUUCCCAGGACAGCGGAAUAAACCUGACAUUCACAGAAACCGACUCCUACAUGGACUUCGACAAAUGGCGAACAUCCUCGGACACGUCAUCGAACAAACUGAAAAAGCUCCAGGGUAGAUUACGGAUGUGUCAAAAGUACGAGAAGAGCGAGGUGCCCGACAUUAUAGAGGGUGUUCCAGUGUGUUCAGGGGAUCACGCGCGGACAGCCAAGAACUGUGAUCCUGAUACGGCGAGGGUUGUCUUCCAGAUACCUGAUGAUAAUGAAAAGCAGAAUCGCACAACAGCGCUGGAUUCUAAGCGUUCCAGCCGUUCGUCGAACGCGUCGUCUAGCAGUUCGCGCUCCAGCGGCUACGGCACCGACCACAGGACUCCAGAGGAACAAUUUUAUGAGCGAAGUGAAUCUGAUCGUAUAUUCAAGCCGGAUUGGGAGGCAGACAGUACGUGUAGCGAGGCGUCCCUCACAGACUUCACUUUGGACGAUGAGGGGAAAUGGCACUGUCCGCCCCGAGAAGUCUGGAGGGCCACUGUGGAGGCGAUACACGAAUACAACAUGGUGAGAGCCGGUGACAAGAUCCUCGUAUGUCUGUCUGGUAGCCGGGAGUCGGUCGCAUUGCUCCAUACCAUGCACCAGUACCAAUUCUAUGCGAGAUCCAAGGGAAUACACUUCAGUAUUGGAGCCCUGUUCGUCCACGAGCCCGCCUCUGACGUGGACCCGCUACAUUUGAUGGCCUACUGCAGAACAUUAGGAGUGAAGUUCAUAUACGAAGACAAGAUUAAGGAGCAAUUACAAACUGCUUGUUCCGCGUCAUCGUCCGUCCGCUGGUCGAGUCACUCGGUCCGUCGUCGUGUGUACGGGGUGGCGGCGUCCCAGGGCUUCUCGGCGGCAGCGGUGGCGCAGACCCUGGACAGGGCGGCCGCCGCCUUCCUCGUGACGGCGUUCCACGGAGCUGCGCUGAACACCCUCACCGCGCACUAUAGAGUCAAGGAGCACAACAUCCGUAUCCUCCGCCCGUUCAUCUACGUCCGCUCCCAGGACCUGGAACACUUCGCUCGCUCCCAGGGUCUGCCUGACUUCGGAAGAGAUUUGUCUGAUAAACCUGUCCUAGGUCCCAGUAAAAACAAAUUGGAUCGAUCUAUAUCUCUACCAUGCGGGUCUGAUAAAGGAGAUUCCUUGGACCGGGAGGAGGAUCUAUCAGGGUCCCUGCCCGAGCUGGUGGAUCCGAUGUCUUCGGCUCGUGAAAUCCUGAAAACUCAUGAGAAAUUAUAUCCUUAUUUAUUCUCCAGCCUGAAGAACGCUCUGCAUCCACUCAUCAGCGGCAGGAACAUUGAUAAGGAUAACAGACACAGAAAGAAAUCUGUUAUACAGAUGAAGAACGGCUCCCCCGUGUAUGACUCGGAGGAGGGGACGGAGGAGGAGCCGGUGCCAUAGACAACAACAAACAAACACUAAACAGGACCAUAGACUAUACAGUCUAUAGACAAACUGGGUCUAUAUUCAGUUUUACAUUAUAUAUGUAUUUCUUAUUUUUGUGGUUGCAUAUGAAGCAAGUAUUCUAUGUAAUAUGUAUGACUUUGUGAUUCUCAUACAAUGUUAAUAGUUUUGUUGCCUGGCAACUAUUUUUAAUGUAAUAUUUUUUUUUAUAUUAACAAUACCUAUGCUGUAUGGCUCAAAUAGUGUUGCCAUUAUAUUAAUUUAGGUCAUAUAUAUAUUAUUAUUAUUAACAUGGAAUUGAUAUGCAUUUGUUGUAAUCUCUUUUAUAAAUGAUUCCUAUGUAUUUAAUUAUGAAAAUAUAUUGAAAUGUUGUAUGUGAAUUGAAAUUCUAUGUGCUGUAAGACGUUGAACUAUUUAUUGUCAGCUGGUAACUAUAUAUAAUAAAUAGAUAGCGUGUCCGAGUGUCUGUUGUUAUUAAAGUUGUAUUUUGAUAUGCAUAAAUGUUUUAUUUUUAUUAUGAAUAUACGAUAAGAGAAGUUUUUGUGGAUUUGUGGACACCGAGAUCAUUAUUUAUACAAAUCAAUAAGUAGAUAUAUAGAUAUAGUCUUAGAUUUUAAAUGUUAGCAUAUGAUUAUUUUUCUAUAAUAUUAUUUAUAGAUAUUUUAUUCUUCGAUGAAAUAUGGCUGAAUAUUAUUAACUACUCGGAGUAGGAAGAAUUUUAUUAUGUGUUAUAUGCUGUGACUAUUUCAAUUUUUAUUUUUUUUUUUUUUGUUUAAUAUAAAGUAAUUGUUAUUUUAAUGUAUUUUAAAUAAUUCGUAUGUUUUUGAAAUGUUUUUUUUCUCGCGAGUGGUCCUACUUAUAAUGUAAGUUGAAGUCCCGUGCAUUGCUUCCAUUGUAAUUGUAAUCGUUUACAUAUACAAGCGUCGUAUAAAUAAAGAAUUUUUUUGAUUA